AAUUACCUCGACACAUAACAAUGGCAGGUGAUUUUUGUGUGCAAAUGAGUCAUGACUUAUACGUUUGAAUACAGUAAAAGGUGUGCAAACCUUGCCUGCUUGGUCGUAUUACAACUCGGAUAAUCUUGCAAGAGCGCGGUGGUAUUAUUGGCUCAGAUUGUCUACUCUACCCGUGGAUAAUCCUUUCUAAUAACCUGCGGGGAAGGAAAUUCAUAUGCACAUUCAAUUGCCGUCCUACACCAUGUUUUGCUAUCUUUUUAAUUGAAACUUUUAGCAGCCAUUUUGUUCACAAAUGCGAUUAACACUCGGACGUGAAAGGAUGUCGUGAAGAAGUUUGUCUUUUAAGAUAUGUAAUGCUCAGAAAGCCAUGUGUUCAAAUUGUUGGCAUCCGUGAUCUCUAUUGGGUUUCUGUAUCGCAUUUCCUUUGAAAAAUUUAUAAAGACAUUUGAGGGUUUGUUUCCUGUCUUGUUUUUCAUUCACUCCAAGAAAGAGCAAACAAAAAGCUCAAUUUCCAAAACGUCGUCAUUCUUGUCUUUUAUCUGAACAAGGAGUGUAAGGCGCUCUUUAAUUGGUGGGUUAUCAAUUAGUGUAAUGGGGACAUCUGUUCUGCUGAGGUAUAAACACAACUAACUGUAUUUCAAGACCCUUAGAAGUGACUUGAGCGUUGACAACCUUCGCAUCGCUGAUAAUCACCGUCUAGAUUUUGUGAAAAAAUGGAUGAAGAUUCAUCGUUGAACAAGUACGCUCUCAUGCUUUCCAAUCGCAGCAUGACUGUAGCCAUUGCUGAGUCUGCCGUUAGCUCCUCGCUGAUUGUUGCAGCCACACUUGGUAACUUUCUUGUUCUAUGGAUUGUGUAUCGCAAUCGCAACCUGCGCACCAUUCCCAACCAGUUUGUCAUAUCACUAGCUGUUUCUGAUAUCCUCAUGGCUGGAAUAUGUGCCCCGCCAUGUUUGUCUGUACUCGUUGCUGGCAGAAGAACGUUCAGUAACUUUGUCUGCCAGUUACAAGGAUUUGCUAUCGCGUGUCUUGCUUGUGUUUCGCUAUUGACCAUGAUGCUUGUGGCUGUGAAUAGGUACUUCCUUAUCGUUCGUCCACAAAAAUAUCAACGCAUCUUCACUCCUACGAACACAAAGCUGAUGAUUGUAUCGGUCUGGAUCCUAUCGCUCAUGGAACCACUACCAUACCUAUUAUCUGGUCACCACUAUGAGUACCAUCCAGGAAAAGUUUUCUGCUUYCAGGUUCUUCGCAUUAACUUCUACACUCUSCUUGGAUAUGUUUAUGUUGUCGUUCCCCUUGUCAUUCUUACAGCUUGUUACUGGAAGGUAUUCAGAGUACUUCGACAGCAUAAAGUCCGCGUGCGAAAACUAAGAAGUUCUUGCGCUUUUGAUUGCACCAGCUCUCGCCAGGUAGUUUCAUUUGAAGAUAUCAACGUGACACGAACUCUGUUCAUUACAGUCUGCGGCUUCCUAAUUUGCUGGAUUCCAAUCAGUAUCGUGGACUUUAUUGGAUUUUUUCAAGGUACAUGGGCCUUGCCUCGCCAGGUCUAUUUAAUGUAUACGUUCCUGGGUCAACUUAGUACAACAUUGAACCCAGUGAUUUAUGGCGUCAUGAAUAAGACAUUCCGUGAGGAAUAUAAGAAAAUGCUAUGUUGUUGCAAAGCAGCUGAGUCUGGGACACCACGCACGUCCAAGUCGGAUAACUCUCAGAACUCCCACCCUACCAAAGAGAGUAAAUGCUCAAUUGUAUGACUGAGUCAAAUUCAUUUGCAAUUCAUGGCGUUUGACUCACAAACACAUAAAACAUUUAAUUGAAAUGAUAAGAAGAUGAUUUCUCCUCCUGUUUAAUUUUAAUCAUUAAAGAAAUGUAUUUGAUUCACAAAAAACAGUAAAUUUUUGUCAAUUUUACUUAUUCCAGUGCUCUUUCCUAACUGCACUUGAAAAACCCCAAAAACAAAUUAGGUAUCGUUUGUUAAGAGUUUAUGCGUCGUUAAAUGCAAUGUAAAAUGUGGCUUGAAGUAAACACACAUUGUAUUUUUCACCAUAAAUGACACUAGCAGACAUCUGUAGUAUUAUAGAGCAUCUAUCAAGAAAAAUAUAUAGAAAUAUAUAGAAUCUGAACUAAAA